UUUAAGGGACAAUGCUUACAAACAUAACUCUUAUGUUAUUAAUAAAAACCUUUGUUUGCUAUAGCUAAUAGACACGACUUUGUGUUGUUCGUACAUUUUGUGGUUUAAAUUACGUUUCGAAUGUUCGUUAUGAAUGAAGUGCAACUUCAYUUUCUGUUCGGGUGAAAUCGGAGCCACAGUCGUCUAUUUCCGUGAAGAGCCGACUGUCAUGUAACAACAACAACACAAGGUUACCGAAUCGAGGGACAGACGUGUCCACAUCUGACAUGCAUCGGUUUGCUCAGACGAAAGGAUGUACAUAAUCGAUUUCUUGUCUGGAUCAGUGGCAGGGGCAUGUGGAGUCGCUGUGGGGUAUCCUCUGGACACUGUGAAGGUCCGGAUACAAACCCAGAGACAGUUCACUGGACUGUAUCAUUGUGUGGUGGAGACGUUAUCAAACGAAGGACUGCAUGGCUUCUUCAAAGGCAUGUUGUUACCUAUGACCACAGUCUCUCUGACGUCCUCCGUGGUGUUUGGCACGUACAGAAACUGCCUGCAGUGUAUGAAGCAGGCGCGGGGGGCCGACUGCGUUCCAAACACCAAACUAGAAGUCUUCCUGGCUGGACUGGCAGGAGGUAUAGCCCAGACGUCCGUGAUGUCUCCAGGUGACGUGGUGAAAGUGCGCCUCCAGUGUCAGACGGAGUCAAAGCGAAGAGGAGCCAAGGUACUGAAGUACCACGGCCCGGUUCACUGUCUGUUAAGCAUCGUAAGGGACGAGGGGUUUAGGGGGCUUUAUAGAGGGGCCCUCCCACUCAUGCUGAGAGACGGGCCAUCGUACGCGACAUACUUUUUGACUUAUACGACCAUCUAUGAAUGGUUGUCAGGCGGCAGCAUGAAAAAAUUAGAUUGGAAAGGUGUGAUGUUGGCCGGAGGAAUCGCCGGCAUGGCGGGCUGGACCGUCGGAACGCCCAUGGACGUGAUCAAAGCCCGCCUGCAGAUGGACGGCGUGCGGGAGACGAAGCGCUACAAGGGUUUUCUCCACUGCGUCGCUGAGACCGUGAGAGUGGAGGGAGCUGGGGUUUUCUUCAAGAGCUUAGGCAUCAACUGCCUUCGCGCCUUCCCGGUAAACAUGGUGGUGUUUUUGACGUACGAGGCUCUCACGCAUUUUCUUCGAACUGGACCUGAACAUGUCGACCCGCCUCCUAUCGUGGAAUAGUGAAGACUUAUCGGGUCGGAUCCAGUUUUCAAUGAGAACGUGUCUCCAGAGUCACCACAGAAGCUGUUACAUAUAAUAAUAAUAAUAAUAAUAAUAAUAAUAAUAAUAACAAAAUAA